AUGGAAAUUUCAUUGGGCCUGAAGUCUUGGGCAUCUCUACAGUUGGAAAGACCGGGUUCCCUCUUCCCGGAUGAAGAUCAACGUGAGACUAAGAAAGUUCGUAAUAAGAAGAAAGUUGAUCGUAUGGAGGAAGAUCGUGCGGUUAUGGAGGCUCAGUCGAAUACAAACACCAUUGAUACGGCUGCCGACCAAGUUCACGAUAGAAUUGAUUAUAGCAUGCGGCGUUCAGUGAUAGUCUGGCUUCUCGGACGUGCCAUUGGCUAUAAAACCUUGUUGAAUCGUAUUGGAGUUCUAUGGCAACUGCAAAGACAGUAUCAAUUUAUUGAUUUAGAGAAUGACUAUUUUCUAGUAGAGUUCGAGAGCGAACAAGAUUAUAUUUAUGUUUUGAUGGAAGAGCCGUGGAUAAUAUUCGGGAGCUAUCUUACGGUUCAACCAUGGAGUCGUACAUUCUCCACAAUGAAAGUCUGGGUGAGAUUACCGAGUCUUCCCCAUAGAUAUUAUUCUAAAGCGAUAUUUCGCCGUAUUGCUAUGGUUAUUGGUCAGGUUGUGAAAAUUGACUAUAGCACAAACUCGGGGGAGAGAGGUCGAUUUACUCUCUUGGCAGUAUUGAUGAAUUUAAAUAAGCCAUUAAUCCCAUGCCUUAAGAUUGAUGGCUUCUGGAAAAAAAUAGAGUAUGAAGGUUUGCAACAAAUUUGCUUUCAAUGUGGAGUGUAUGGGCAUUCGAAGGAAAAUUGUGGUUCUGUUAAAGGGAAUACAAGACAGGAAGGUUUAGUAAAUGAGCAUAGCGCGGUGCUAGACAAAUCGUUAGGCAGCGAAGAAACUGGUUUUGGACCAUAG